AUUGUCCCCGCCCCCUUCCAAUCAUGUGACUCAGGCGUUCCAAUCCCCUCCAUAUCAUGUGAUUCAGGUGUUCCAAUCCCCUUCAUAUCAUGUGAUUCAGGUGUUCCAAUCCCCUCCAUAUCAUGUGAUUCAGGUGUCCCAAUCCCUUCCAUAUCAUGUGAUUCAGGUGUUCCAAUCCCCUCCAUAUCAUGUGAUUCAGGUGCUCCAAUCCCCUCCCAAUCAUGUGAUUCAGGUGCUCCAAUCCCCUCCCAAUCAUGUGAUUCAGGUGUUCCAAUCCCCUCCAAUCAUGUGAUUCAGGUGUUCCAAUCCCCUCCAUAUCAUGUGAUUCAGGUGUUCCCAUCCCCUCCAUAUCAUAGUCAAUAGCUAAAGACCUCCAAACUUGGUGUGGCCUUCAGAUGAGCCCAACAACAGUGCGUAGAGAGCUUCAUGGAAUGGGUUUCCAUGGC